UGUCAACUUGUCAACUCCCUUUCGGACCUGGCUCCUAGGUACCUUGCAUCAACCAAACUUGGGCAACACGGUCGCCGAUCGACUCCGGGGUAUGUCGAUCAUCGACUACACACUGUGCAACAAGGGGGGCAAGACAGCUCUCAACCAAUGGAGAGAGGCGGAUAUCCAAGACUUCAUGAUGGCGAUGUUGGGUGUGACGGCGUGAGGAACUUGCCUCGGUCCCGCUCCACAUUUGUAUGAUCGAGGAACAAGAAGUUGGAUAUAGGAGAACAUGGGAAAUGAUUAUAAGUAGAAGACACAUGCGACCGAAGACAGGAAUCAUUCUCUCAAGUCAUCUUGAGUAGAUCAUUCCACUUCAUCUCAGGAUUGCUUCUUUGCAAUGCAUACUCUUUCUCUCGUACUUCUCCAGGCUUCGGCGGCCGUCGCCUACCCCUGGGUCUCUGGCCAGCCGGGUGUCAACUCUGGGCUCUUCAGGAACGCACGCACUGUCGAAAGACGCCAGGCCAACUGCCCUUUCAACCCUGUCCAUAAGGGUGCCGCUCCAUACACUGCUCCUUACACCUACACUGGGGCCAAGAACGGUGUACCUGGUAGCCAAAAGGGUGGUAUCAAAGUCCCAGCAGACGGCGAUACGGCUCAUGCCUACACUCCUCCCGGACCUAACGAUAUUCGUGGACCAUGCCCAGGUCUGAACGCUGCAGCUAACCAUAACUUCCUUUCGCAUGAUGGUAUAACCAACUUCCAGGAGUUGGUCGAUGCCCAACAGAAUGUUUAUAACGUAGGCUAUGACCUAGCUGUCCUUCUCGCAGUCCUUGGUAUCGAGGCUGGUGGUGACGUACUCUCUGGUCGCUUGAGUAUCGGUUGCGAUGCUACAUCUCGUACUGCGACGCUUCCUAUUCUGGGCACCCAGCCCGGUCUUGAUGGCCACAACAAGUUUGAGGCAGAUUCGUCGCUCACGCGUAACGAUUUCUUCCUCGCAGACGGGGAUAACUACAGCUUUAACGGCACACUGUUCGCAGAGAUGAAGGCAGUCGCUGACAAGGUUUCUGGUGGAAACUUUGAUCGCAAUGCUCUCGCCGCAUACCGCAGCCAGCGGUACGAAGAGUCUGUUCAAGAGAACCCCAAUUUCUUCUUUGGACCCCUGUCUCUGUUGCUUUACGGAGCCGCCUCCUUCCUCUACGAACUCUUCCCCAGCUACGGCGACAAGGGCGUACCGGAUCUUGCGACAAUGAAGUCCUUCUUUGGAGCUGUCGAAGACUCGUCUGCACCAGGUGGCUGGCGUCACGUCCCCGAGCGCAUUCCUGACAACUGGUUCUCGCGUGUCGAGCCCUACAAAAACAUGGAUGUUACCAACGAGAUUCUGGCCCAGUAUCUCAAGUAUCCCAAGCUAUUCGGAGGUAACGUGGGCACGAACAACUUCGAUGCCUUGUCCACACCAUUCGAUAUUCUUGUCGACGGCAAGCUACCCAACGAUGUUACAGCGGCGCAGCUGCUUUGCUUGCUUUACCAGCUGGGUGUCAUGGCUGUUCCCAGCACUCUGAGUACCGUCACUGAUAUCACUGGUGCCGUGCUGGAUUUCGGUAUCGGAAAGCUGAACCCGGUGUUCAAGAACGCUGGAUGCCCCUUGAAGGUUGGCUAAACUCGAAACACAAGUUGAGUUUGGAAAUCGUACCUAGUUAAUGGAUAUUACAACGCAGGCUGGGCUGGAGUAAGGAUUGGUUGACCAUACUUCAUGAUGUGGAAUCGGAACAUUUACGUAUAACAAUUAGCAUGAUCAAU